UUGGCUGGCAGCUGGGUUUUGUCACUCAGCUGGCAGCGCUGGCAGUCAACAACAAUGAUUUUAUUUUCCAACUUUAAAAAUUAAUAAUGUAAAAAAUAAAUCGGAACCCUUUUUUAAUGCUUAAUACAAUUAUAGUUUGUUUGUACGGCUGUACGGUCCGUGUGAGAACAACAAAUCCCUGUUUCUGACUGUAACUGAUUCACUUAGAAUACGAUUAAGGGUCUGCUUAAUCCCAAAUUGUCAGAUUCCAGGAUGAUCCGAGCUAUCCUUGUUUUCAACAACCACGGGAAACCCAGAUUAAUCAAGUUCUAUGAGCAUUAUAAAGAGGAUGUGCAGCAGCAGAUCGUGCGAGAGACAUUCCAGCUGGUUGCCAAACGGGACGAGAAUGUGUGCAACUUUUUGGAAGGUGGCAGUUUGAUUGGCGGAUCGGAUUAUCGAUUAAUAUACCGACAUUAUGCCACUCUUUAUUUUGUUUUUUGUGUGGAUUCGUGCGAAAGCGAGCUAGGCAUUUUGGAUCUCAUACAGGUUUUUGUGGAGACGCUAGAUAAAUGCUUUGAGAAUGUCUGCGAAUUAGACAUGAUUUUCCACGUGGAUAAAGUGCAUCAUAUUCUUGAUGAGAUUGUCAUGGGUGGAAUGGUGCUGGAAACGAGUAUGUCAGAGAUCGUCAUGAGAAUUGAAGAGCAAACAAAACUGGAAAAACAGGAAGCCGGUCUCUCCUCUGCUCCUGGAAGAGCCGUGAAUGCCGUGAAAAAUAUUGAUCUCACACAGAUAAGGGAUAUCAAACUGCCCGAUAUACAGCUUCCUGCGUUUAAAAAUUUUAAACUGUCUUGAUUUUCAUUCUCCAAACUGAUGGCAUUCCUUUAGCGGCAUGAAUUUGCUGGUAGUUUAAUCCGUUGAAGCGUUUUGCGGUUGGUAAUGUCCGUAAGAUACCGUAGUAUUCGGCAGUAGUCGACACUGCUCUUUUAUUCUUUAAAACAGCUAUAAAGUUAAGACGAUUUGCUUGUUCGUAAGCUGGAUGUAUCGACAUGGGCGAUAUGAAUUAAAAAGUUCAAGAAAAACAA